GUAGCUAGUCGAACAAUUUGCGCAACAGUGCCAAUUUGGGGAAAAAAAUUGUGUACAAAAUGGAAAUGAUGCUCGAGAGUUACUUCAACAUGCACUAUUACGGGUAUGGAAUAAAAUAUUACGAAUCUGAUUGUGAGUCUGAAUCUGACAGUGAGGAAACUGACCAAGAAACCAAAAGCGAACAGAUGGUCAUUCGAGAAUUUCCGUUUCACGAUGACGUACUCUACAUCAAUAUCAAAGCACCAAGGGCGAAGACUGGCUGGGAAAAUUUACCAAUGGAGCUCUUGAUCCAUAUAUUUAGUUUCAUAAGACCCAGCGAUCGCAAUUCCGCAGCACUGACGUGUCACCGUUGGUUCGAAGCGCUACGUCAUCCAAUGUUUCUCGACGCAACCUGCUUUCACUUCGAGCGAAUCGAAGUUACCGAUAACAAGUCUCCUAUUCAAAUAUUUCUGGACAGCUUCCGCCACUUCACCAACAUCAAACUGACAAAAGUGAAAUUCAGUGGUCAGACAGAAUUCUGGAACUACUUCGGAGUGCACAUACGGGAGAUAACGUUCGACAAUUGCGCUCUCACCAAACCGAAACUGUCGAACAUUUUGGGCACCUUGCCAAAUCUAGAACGGUUAAAUUUAGUUGAUUGUGACGAACUGUUCAAAAGCUGGCACCCCGUACACUUCACCGAUAUUUCUCCGAUCUGUAAACGACUGAAACACCUUGGCUUACGCAAAAACAAUGCUUUCAAUGAAGACCACCUAAACUAUUUAGUUGCGAUGGCUCCUAGAAUAAAUUCCCUGGAGAUUUCCAAAUGUCUCAAAGAACAAGACGCCGGUAAGCGUUUACAGAUUCUCUCCCACGUACUGCGUAUUCUCAAGUUACACAAACAUCAGAUGAGAUCAGUCAACUUCAGCUACACCAUGUACGAUGACCUAUUCCUGAAGCAGUUUGCCGAGAUCGAAAACAUGUCACUCUGCAACAUCAGUCUUUCCUUUUUCGAUAGAGCUCCCAUCAAGGAUCCCAGUAUCAUUGAAGUUCUACGAAAACACACAAAUCUGGUCCAUCUGGAUUUAACUUCCUUCCUGAACUUAACAGAUUUUGCUUUGAUCGAGAUCGCUCACUCGAUGCCAUUGCUGAAAACUCUGAAACUGAACGGAUGUUGGCUUUUGACUGAUUUUGGAAUAUCGGAAGUGAGAAAACUUCGCAACCUGGUGGUACUGGAUCUGUCCGAUUGUGAUCGCGUUACUGAUGUUGGCUUUCUGAAUGCGAUAGUGGACAAAAACAGAACGAACCUAAGGGAGCUGUACCUCAGCAUGUUGCCAGGUAUAUCGGAGAACGUGAUUCUGAAAAUUUGCCUCACGCUGAUCAACCUGACAGUGCUGGAUUUUUGCGGGUCGGAUUGCAUCAACGAUACCUCGAUACAGUAUGUGUUCUGCUAUCUGAGGUUUGUCCGGAUUCUGCGGCUGAAUGGAUGUGUUAAGGUAUCAGAUGCUGGUUUGACCGGGAUCGAGCUUCAGCGAGUGGCAAUUGAAAUUUGGGACCAGCAGCAAACGUUCUCAAUCGACAUGUUACAGGGCCUCCAGGAAUUGCAAAUCUCCGGCUGUUUUAAAGUAACCGAUUUUGCCCUAAAACAAGCUUUCAAGUUGGUCGAACUGAAGGAAAUCAACCUGUCCCAUUGUGUGCAUAUCACGGAAGAAGGCAUCGAAGCCAUGGCACUGAACUGUCCUUCGCUGGAAGCUAUCGAUCUGAGUGAUUGCUACCACAUAAACAAUCGCUGUAUCGAUCUACUCAGCAAACACCUGUUCCGACUCUCCAGCUUGAAGCUGGUUCGAUUACCAUCACUCACGAUUGAAAGCAUCAACUCAAUUCUGGCAAACUGUAAACUGCUGAAAAAUAUUAAUCUUCGGGGUUGCAGUAAACUGCCCCGGGAUGCCAUCGAUCUGCUAGCUAAGUUGAAAACUCUACGGAAUUUUCCAAACACAGAAAAGUCAUGUUGAUCGGGAAAAUCGACUCAUUCUAAUAUAAAAAAUAUAUUACUGUAUACUAUUCAAGCAGUCAUCGAAAAAAUCAAUUCUAUGUGAAUUUGAAAUAUUAAAUUAAUGCUUUA